CUUUUUUUGGCGGGUAUGUCGGAUGAAAAGCCGAAACUGCCCUUAGUUCAUCACACUUAUUCACACCUCCCCCAUUUAUACGCCAUUCUCAUCGCUUCAAUUUCUACUUCUCGAGAUCGAGGUGCGGCGGAGAUCGCCUUCGGAGAUACAACAGUAGAAAACAAGAUUCCUUAUACCAUGAAUGUGGCAGAGGAUUUCCAACAGACAUUCAACAGGAUUACACCGAAGGAUAACAGCAUCUUUCUUUUGCUAUGGCAUGUUCUCCACUUGAUUCUUAGGGUAUUUUACUUUGCCCAAGAGGUCUUUCAAACAGUUGAAAACUACCUUAUAACAAAUGGAAUAGUGAAAGCAUAUGAACAUUUAAACUUACAACGAGUCAAUUAUCUUGGAGUUGUCAUAGACAGUGUUGAAGCUCGUGAGACUACAGAAGUUAUUCAACUUUUGGAAUGGCUUUCAGACAUUGGUAUCAAAAAGGUCUGUCUAUAUGACAAGGAAGGAGUGUUGAAGAAAUCAAAGGAAGUUUUUGUAGAGAGAUUUAAUUCAUCAAAACCAUCUAAUGAUGAUUCAAAAAUGGAUUCCCUUCUUAACAAAAAGCAAAUGGAUUUUGAAUUUGUUUCAAUUUCUGAUGGAAAAUUAGUAGUUGCAAAAGCAGCUGAUGUACUUUUUAAAAAGUAUUACUUGGAUGAUGAUGAUGCUGAAAAACCUUUCUUCACAGAGAGUUACUUGACUGAUGCAUUAAAAACCCUAGGUGUUGUAGAGCCUGAUCCUGACCUUUUGUUAGUUUACGCGCCAGCUAGAUGCCACCUUGGCUUUCCAGCAUGGAGAAUUCGAUACACAGAGAUUGUACACAUGGGCCCACUGAAGCAUAAGAAAUAUGGUUUAAUUCUAAAAGCCAUUCACAAUUUCACCAAGGUCAAGCAAAACUAUGGUUCAUAAGCAAACAUUAAUAUCUGCCAUUCUUGGAUGACUCAUGACAUGUUGAGAUCAAGUGGAGUCACAAAUUCUUGUUUCAACUCUUCCUCAUGUUCAUAUAUCUUUUGAACAUCAAGAGAUUAUCUGCUGUAGAUUGGCUAUCUUUUAUUGUUUUAUGUUGUUAUGAAAGUCAUUGUUAUUUUUUGCAUUUUAACCCAAAGAUAUAAGUAAAUUUUAUAUAGAAGUUCAUAAAACAAGUUAAAAUAAAAAAAACGUUAUUUUGUCA